GCAGCAACUUCUUCGUCAAUUCUGAACUUCCAGAGUUUAUUUUCAAGAAGGUUGGACGUCGGAAGCUCGAAGUUGAUAGGGGUGACUGGAUGUUGAAUGUUCGUUGAGGCAUUAUUAUUAUCAUUUUCUAUCACUUCUGUCCUCUACGAUAUCAAGGUAGCAACACUGAACAUGGAGCCCAUCCCGGAGGAUGCCGCAUACGAUUGGUGGAAACGUGUGAGUGCAAACAUUCCCGAGCCGGUGCCAUGGGUUUCCUUCGACCCACUCUUAAGAGCAGAGUAUGUACCCGAUCAUUAUGUGGAAGCAAAGUAUGAGGAAUUCUCCAAAUUCACUCAGGAAAAAUUGACUCUCCCAGAGUACCAUCAACAGUUCGACGGGUUGGCCGAGUUUGGUAAAAACUUGGUCAAUACCAUGGAGAAACGCUGCAAGAGGUUCAUCAAGGGUCACUUCCGGAAGGACUGUCCGACAAACCCAGGCAAGGUUUUCUCCAUAGCACCAGGCACGCCGACUGCUCCUACUGUCCAACGGACUGAACCUGCCCAGAGUCAUCGUUCCACGGCUGCAUCUCAACCAGCUGAAGAGGCCAGCACCAAGUCAGCAGCAAGGACGAGCACCAACUCGUAUGAGUUCGACGAUAUACUUGGCAUGGACUGGUUGUCAAAACACCAGGCUAUUGUUGAGUGCAAAGAACGGGUGGUGAAACUUCGUGCAGAUGAUGGUAACGAGGUGAUCAUUUGGGGAGAAGUACUGCCAAAAGCCCCGGAAUUCAUCUCUUAUAUGCAAGAAAAAUGGCUCAUUUGCAGGAAAUGUGAAGCAUUCGUGUGCACUGUUAAGGAUAUGCAGAGGGAAACACCUAACCAUAAGGACAUAUCUGUGGUUUGUUAUUUUCCCGAUGUAUUUCCUGAAGAACUUCCUGGUCUACCUCCUCCGAGGUAAGUGGAAUUCUCUAUUGAUCUUGUACCUGAAAUCAAGUAAAACAUCUUAAAAACCACGUCAUUUAGUUGAAAACCACGGCUAGCCAAGUUCGUGCCGUUUCGCAUGGUUUUCACUAAACGAUCAAAAACGGAAGGAGCAAGUGUUUGUUCAAGCUAAGUGGAGCCCGAAGAACACUGCAAGGGAUCAUGAAGAGCCUCGGGAGAAUCAAGAUAAAGAAGACAUGCUUGGAGUUGAAGAUCACCCGCAAUCCAACUCGAAAAUUAGGGGGGUGAUUGUUGACUAAUUAUCGAGUAGGAUUAGGAUUACCCGAGAUAUUCUAGUUCAAGGUGUGAUGGAAUAAAUCAAAAUGGAUCUCUAAACUGUCUGCGCUUCUUUAAUUAAUGAAGUAGCAGUUAGUCAAGCAAUGCAACUUUCGACGUUGAGCCGGGGGUCUCUUUGGAAACAGCCUCUCUACUUUCGAGUAGGGGCAAGGUCUGCGUACACACACCCUCCCCAGACCCUACUCUUGUGGGAUUUAACUGGGUUGUUGUUGUUGUUGUUUUCCAUUUUAUAUCNUUUUUUGGCUUUAGGGUGUGAUGGAAUAAAUCAAAAUGGAUCUCUAAACUGUCUGCGCUUCUUUAAUUAAUGAAGUAGCAGUUAGUCAAGCAAUGCAACUUUCGACGUUGAGCCGGGGGUCUCUUUGGAAACAGCCUCUCUACUUUCGAGUAGGGGCAAGGUCUGCGUACACACACCCUCCCCAGACCCUACUCUUGUGGGAUUUAACUGGGUUG